ACUAAAUAUAAAGGCGGUUUUCGAGACCCAAAACUAAAACGGCGAAGGCUAAUUGAUAAGCAGCGUGAGCAGAGAAAGCUAGCUAGGGUUUCUUUCCUUACAGAAUGAUUUACGACGUCAAUUCUGCACUCUUCCGCUCAUUCCUCAGCCAGAAGGGCGGCUCUGACAAAAGGAAAAUGGAGGAGCAGAAGCCAAAGGAGCAGAGACCCAAAGCAAGUGAGAACAAACCUGUUAUGACAGAGUAACUGAUGCUUUUUUUUAGUCUGCUUUAAGAUAGGACAGGUUGGUUGUUGUUUUAGAAUGGAAAUUAUUGUGGAUGUUUCUAAUUUCUAUAUUAUAACAGUUUUUAUUGUUUGAUUUGGAA